AUGGUGAGUGUUUUUUGUUAUCGGUGGAUGGAUUUUUAUUGAAAUUAUGAAGGGAAAAAGCUUGCAGUUUCCUCAGAUUUGACUUGCGUAAUCUAGAAGCAAGUUAUGUGCAACAAAUUGCAAAUGACCUGAAAGAAAAUUUGUUAUAGAAAGGCUUCGCUAUGAGGUUCAUUUUACCCUAAAAUCGACUCGCGGACCUCUGAAAUUGCUCGUUAUAGACAGGCUUUCUUGUACGGAAGUUUGAUGUACCCAGUUUUCCCUAUUAUAUCUCAGUCUGUCGGGAAAAUAAUGAGCACAAUGCCGAUGUAAUUCGGUCUCAAUUUCGACUUGAAACAGCGUUAGUGGAGAGAAAAAUCUUGGUUUUUUACGGCUGACUUUUAAUACCAGUCCGUCGAGAAAAUAAUGAGCAAAAAUGUCGCUGCGCCAAUUGCGUCGGCGAAGUGAAAAGCAAUUUGAUUUUGUCGCGACAUAAUUCAUUUUCUCGGCGGCGAUGCGAUUUUUGAUGCCACAGAGUCCUCAUUAUUUUCCCGACAGACUGAUGCCGUGCUGGACAGAAUUAUAAUCGAGUUUUUUUUUGCUAGAAGUGUUUCUCUCAAAUCGAAAAGACUGUUUUUAAACGAGAUAUUAUGUAAAAUAUCUCGUUUGAUCAUGCAAAACGCGACGCAAAAUUUUAAAUAAUGAACACGUAAACAAGCUUGGCCUUAUUUCUAGCUCGAUUUAACACAAACUUCUUUCAGACAACCUAUGAGAAAGGCGAGAAACCGGCAAACGGACAAUUCCACUCGUUCGACCAUGUCCGCUUCUACGUUGGGAAUGCGAAACAAGCCGCGUAUUGGUACUGCGCCAACUUUGGCUUCAAACCCUUUGCCUACAAGGGCUUGGAGACGGGCAGUCGGUUGGUGACUGCACAUGCCAUUAAACAAGACAAGGUAAGUUGAUUUACUAUUACGGAAAUACAUAUUUUCCAGAGGGUAGUCAGCUUGACUUGUAAGGCUUGUUUGGCCAAUAAAGAAAAAGUCGGUGGGCUAAAAUUGAGAAAAAAUAAAUUAUUGGAACCCCCGGGGCCUCUAGUUUUAGGAUAUUUAGCUUUUUAACCUUAAUGCCCUUUGGCAAUCACCGAAUAAAAAGUUUUCUCAAAAACUCAAUUUUUUGUCAUAGCCAUUGGAAAACUUCAAUUUUAACAAAAACCCCUGAGGGCAUGCAGAUAAAAACCGCAUGCCCUGAAAAAUGGGAUGACUUAUGGGUCCUAAUAAAUUCAUUUUUAUACAUUUUACUCCAGUAAUUCACCAGUUAUGGGCAAAAAAGUUUCAAAUAUCCGAAAGAGUAGUCAGGUUGACUUGGAAGUCUUCUUUGGCCGAUAAAUAAAAAAGUAGCGGACUAAAGUGGAUGAAAAAUCUAUUUUAAAGACCGUCAGGGCCUUUUUUUUUGAGGGCAUUUAAUUUUUUUACCUUAGCGCCCUCCGGCAAUCAGCGAAUAAAACUUUUUCUCAAAAACAGAAAUAUUUGCCAUAGUCCUUGAAAAAGCUUUGAUUUUGACAAAGCCCUUGAGGGCGUACUAGAAAACAAUAUGCCAAAGUCACUGGGAUGGCCUGUGGGUCCUUGCAAUAUCAUUUCUGUACAUUUUACCUCAGUAAUUCCCGAGUUAUCACCAAAAGAGUGCAACCAAUCCAAAAAAAUCAUUUUUCAGAUUAUCUUCGUCUUCGAAUCCGCAUUGCUCCCGGGAAACCAGGAGAUGGGCGACCAUCUCGUUCAACAUGGCGACGGAGUCCGCGAUGUUGCUUUCUCGGUCGACAAUGUUGACUGGAUCGUGGAUUACGCCAAGAAACAGGGCGCCAAAGUUGUUCAAGACGUGACGGAGGAGAAGGACGAAAAUGGAAGUGUGAAGAUCGCCAGACUUCAGACAGUAAGCAAUUUUUUUAAAGCUCAAUGUUUAUGUAAAGUAAUAUCAGUCUGUCGGGAAGAUAAUGUGGAUUUGUCGUCUCUUGAAAUCGCCUAUCAUCGCUUUGAAAGCCUUGGCUGAAGAUUUGGUGCGCAAUUGCGAAGAGGGAAGACAUUUAACUGCGAAAAAUCCACAUUAUUUUCCCGACAGAAAAUUUUUUAAAUACUGACCUGUUCCAGUGGCAAAAAAAUUACCAUUUUGCAUCCGCGGAGUAUUAAAAAAUUUGGCAAAAUGUCUCCUUCUCCUUUGAAACCGGAGUUUUUUCACAUGGAGAAAGAGACAUUUUGCCACAUUUUUUUGAUGCUUCCCGGAUGCAAAAUGGUACAUUUUUUUGCCACUGGAUCAGGCCAGUAGUAAAAAACGUUCUGUCGGGAAAAUAAUGUGGACUUGUCGCGUCUUGAAAUCGCCUAUCAUCGCUUUUGUGAGCCUUGGCUGUAAAUUUGAUGCGCCACCGCGAAAAGGCGAGACAUUUUGCCGCGACAAAUCCACAUUACUUUUUCGACAGACUGAUAUUACUUUACAUAUAUACUCGUCGUCAAUUUUAAUAUUAUGGAACCCCAUUUUUUAUGUUUUUCUUACUUUUUCGGCCCAUAAAUCUUUCAAAAAUCUUUUCCGCAUAGUGAAAAUCGCAAUUUAAAAACUCCCAAAAAUGUUAAAGACGUAUUUUACCCUCCAUUUUAACCCCAUUUGCCCUCUAUUUCACCCCCAUUUACCCUCUAUUUCACCCCCUCUUGCAGUACGGCGACACCAUUCACACGCUGGUGGAGCGUCACAACUACAGCGGCCUGUUCCUGCCCGGCUUCAAGCCGCAUCCCGGCUCCACGGCGCUCUUCGACGUGCUGCCCAACGUGGGGCUGAACUUCAUUGACCACUGCGUUGGGAACCAGCCCGAUCUGGAGAUGGAGUCGGCGGCGCAGUGGUACGAAAAGGUCCUGCUGUUCCACCGGUUCUGGAGCGUGGACGACUCCAUUAUCCACACCGACUACUCGGCGCUCCGGUCGGUGGUGGUGACGAACUAUGAAGAGACGAUCAAAAUGCCCAUCAAUGAGCCGGCGCAGGGCAAGAAGGCGGUCUCGCAGAUUCAGGUGAGGGGAGAGGCGAGCGGAAAUUGUGCAGCGGUUUUUUUAUUUUGCAUGAAAUUUUUUUUUUGUAUGAAUUUGUAAUAUUGGUCUGUAGGCAGUUUUAUUGUAUAUUAGAAGUCUGUCGGGAAAAUAAUGAGCACUCUGUCGCAGCGAAAAUCGCAUCGCCGCCGAGAAAAUGACUUAUGUCGCGACAAAAUCAAAUUGCUUUUCACGUCAGUGACACAAUUGGGCUCAUUAUUUUCCCGACCGAUACAGUGGCAAAAACGUACCAUUUUGCAUCAAGGAAGGAACAAAAAUGUCGCAAAAUACCUCCCUCGCCCUCUCUCUUUUUGUGAGGGAAAGAGCGUGUUUUUCAAAAUGCAGUUUUCUUACUUGUAGAGGGAGGCAUUUUGCUACAUUUUUUGAUACUUCUCGGAUGAAAAAUGGUACGUUUUUUGCCACUGGAUCAGGUCCGUCGCUGUAGAUGAAAAGCUGAAAUGCUCCAAGUGCGACGCUCAGAUUUUGAUAAAAAUUGGUACAAAUUUAGAAUAAUUUUUUUAAAAAUGUAUGUGAGAAUCCCAGCUCGCGCUUUGCAAAAACAACCGAGAUUUUUAGAUCGAAAGUUGGGGAAAAUUUUACACUUUUUGCCGAAUUUCGGCACGAAAAUUUGCAUGUCUAUUUCUACCACAGAGGGUGUUGUUUCCACAAAAAAUAAAGUUUUCCCGUACGAAACUGGCAAAGAUACGGCCAAAAAGUGUUUUUUCUCUGAACGCUCUCCGCGUUUCGCGUACUCUCUCGGCCGCAAAUAUCGUUCAAUAUCUCGGCGGCGCUUGCAAAGCGCGAGCUAAAACUUUCAGGAAUUGAUAUUUGGUUCAUGCCCGACAUGUGUGCAAAAUUUAAAGAAAAUCUGAGCGUCGCACUUGGGGUACUUCCCCUGUAAAUUUUAUUUUUUUUUUUUGUUGGCCUACUUGUUCAAAAUUUCAUUUUUUGGCGUAUCUCCGGUAUGGCUGCAAAGAAGGAGCUAAAAUUUUUUGAGAUUAAAAUGUGGCCAAAUUGCAUUCCAUGGGAUGAAUUUGAAGAAAGUCUGAGCAUCACGCCGCAAGAGCUGUCCAAAAAAGUUGGCCUAGUUACCUAAAUUUUAGUUUUUUGUUGGCCUACUUGUUCAAAAUUUCAUUCUUUGGCUGGCCUACAGUGACGGGCCUGAUCCAGUGGCAAAAAACGUACCAUUUUGCAUCUGGGAAGCAUCAAAAAUGCGGCAAAAUACUUCCCUGUCCAUGUGAAAAACCUCACAAAAAUAGUGGUGCGCUUUUGAAAUCAUAAUUUUUUCACUUGAAGAAGGAGGUAUUUUGCCGCAUUUUUGAUGCUUCCCGGAAGCAAAAUGGCACGUUUUCUGCCUCUGGAUCAGUAUUUAGCAACUGUAAUUUUUGUAAGUUUCUUUUCAGGAAUUCGUCGACUACUACGGCGGCGCUGGUGUUCAACACAUUGCUCUCAACACCACCGACAUCAUCACCGCGAUCACGGCGCUCCGGGCACGCGGCAUGGAAUUCCUCCGAAUCCCCGACUCCUACUACGUCAACCUGAAGGAGCGGCUGGCCAAGUCGCGCACCACCGUCGUGGAGGACAUGAGCAAACUGCAGGAGCUUCAAAUUCUCGUCGACUUCGACGAGAACGGCUACCUGUUGCAGAUCUUUUCGAAGCCCUGCCAGGAUCGGCCCACCCUCUUCAUCGAAAUCAUCCAACGCCAGAAUCAUCAAGGCUUCGGCGCUGGAAAUUUCCAAGCGUUAUUCGAGUCAAUUGAGCUGGAACAAAACGAGCGGGGCAACUUGUUCUACAAGGACGUCAAAACUGGAGGAGACCGACUAUAA